AUGCCUCCCUCGCUCACCACCCAUCCCUCCUUCACCCGGCCAAGGACCGGAGACCGCGAUGCACGACCCAGCACCCGCGACCAGAGCGCCGCAAACGACACCAUGCUCAUCCCCAGCCGCACCUCGUCGCUGCACUCGCGCAUCACCCAGCCCAUCCCCUCGACGCUCAACGUGAAGCCCCAGCAGCGCACGCCCAAGACCCUCACCCAUGCGUACAUGGUCUGCGGUGUCGGCCGCGAGCCGAGCCAAUGGGUCAAGGCGCCUCCCCCGACGCAGGGCAAGAUCAGCCACAUGAAGGGCGCCGUCGGCCAAUUCUGGCUUCCCGAGAUAUUGGGAAGCUCCCCUCGCCUGGAGCAGGACAAUGAGAUUGCUCGUGCGCUGCACGCUGCCAUGAGGGCCUGCUUUCCUCACGAUGUCGAGAUCUGCACGGGCCGCAGCCAGCCUCACUGUGUCCACCACGCCUUCGUGCUCCAGCAAGAUUCUUCCCACACGCUCUAUGGCAUCUGCCUCCGCGUCUGGUCCCGUGCGGACGAGAAGAGGGCGGAGACGAUUCGCGACCUGCGCAAGCGUACCGAACCCGAUUUCUACGACAACCCCGACGAGACCUACUGGAUCCCGUACUGCUUGUCUUUCCUGUCCCGGUACCCUCUUUACAACCUCCUCGGCGACUACCUCCGCGGCAUGUGGAUUCACUGGAACAAGGCCACCAACCUCUUCCACGCUGAAGAGGUCUCGCGGAUCCUGAGCUUCCCCGCCCCUCGACUCAACGAUCUCGUCCGUAUCGACAUGAAGGACUAUGCGCUUUGCUAUCAGUUCCCGUCGUCCCCCACCGGCUUCCAGAACUUCGCCAUGUGGCCCCUGUUCACCUGCUUGUCCAUCCCCAACAUUGUUGGUGUGGUUGAGGCCGCCAUCUCGCCGACCCGUCGUGUCAUCUUCGUGAGCCACUACCCGGCAAUGCUCACGAUUGCUGCCGAAACCGUUCGCUACUGCGUUAGGGUCUACGAGUGGAGCGGCCUGUACGUGCCGGUUGUCCAUGCACGCCACGCCCAGGAACUCGUCCAGGAGCCUGGCCCGUACAUUCUCGGUGUAACCGCCGAGUGCCGCUCGCUGUUCACUGCGCCCAACGAUGCCCUGGUCAUUGACCUGGACCGCAACUUUGUCCUGACGUCGAGCCCGCCAACGGCGCUGACUCCCAGUCAGCGGAACAAGUUUGUCACCCGCCUCACGCAGGCUCUCAACGGCGACGUCACUCCGUCUGGUGUUCCGCAGCACCUUCGCUCUGCCUACGGCGGUGGCAAGCUGGUCCCGGCCGGCCAAAUUAUCGUCAUGCGCGGCGAGGUGGAGUCGAUCCAGGAUCCGGAGUGGUGGAACCAGGACGCCGUCAUGGCCGUCAUGGACCACGUCUGCGAGAAGAUGGGCCGCAACACUGGCAUUAAGGCUGUCUUUGGCGGCUCCGUCAAGAAGCCUCUGAUGACCAAGGUAUCCAUGCGCCACCUGAACGAGAUCGUACGUGAGCGCAACCAGUACUCGCGUGACGCUCUUGAAGCCUGGCAGGACUUUAUCAACCUCAAGGGUCGCAUGGACACAGAGCUCAGCAAGGUCAACAAGCGGAAUAACUACCUGGUUGAGGAGCUCGAGAGCUGGAAACAACAGUUCCUCAAGUUCCAGGCCUUUGCCGAGCAGCUCACCAAGGAGACGCAGGACCUCAAGGUCAAGAUUGAGAACCACAAGAGGGAGAACCGUCGUCUCACGGGUCUCAUCGACCAGCAAAAGGACGACAACGCCCGCCUCUCCGUCCGCCUCACCGGCACCGAGAAGCAGCGUGAUGACGCCCUUGAGGCUCUUGUUCUCCAGCAGGAGAUUGCUGAGGAGCUGGAGCGUGAGCGCAAGAGGAACAAGAAGGAGCUUGCUCAGCUUCACCACACCAACAGCACCAUCACGCGCCAGCGCGAUGAGGCCAGGCGUGUCGUGCUGCAUCUCCGCAGCCUCAUUGGUGGCCAGAGCCACCACAUGGAGCACCUUGUCCGGUCACUCACCAAGCCGGAUGAGCUGCCCGACGAGGCGGACCAGGAAUAUGGCGAUGAGGAGGAGGCCGAGGAGGCCGGCAGCGAAGAGACACGGACGCUCAAGGCUGCUCGCAGCAGCAAGCGCCUGUCGUCGUCGAGCUUCAUCGACGUCGCUGACCGACACCUCAAGGACAAGACGGACGCCAUCGCCCACAUCGUCCGCAACAUUGCGGACCAGUGCCAGGCCGCUGUUGAGGGCCUGCAGCUGGCUCAGGAUGCCGAGAUGCGGUCGCUGCGGCGCCAGAGCGGCCUCUCGGCCGUGCACAGCGAGGAUGGCAUGGACGAGCGUUCCGUCGCCACCUCUGAGACUGGCGAUGAGGGCCGUCUCCAGACCAACUCGGGACGGGCGUCCAGCAUUCCCCCUACACCGGACCUGAUCCCCAACCGAAGCAGCACGGCGAUGUCGUUUGCUUCGGCCACGACGACUCCGGAGCGCUCGAGCCAGCAGUUCUCGACACGGGAGGACAUCCCAACCAAGAUCGUCGAGGACGACGAGGAGGACUACGAAGAGAGCCGCAGCGACAACGGCGGCGCGACGAACGAGAACGGCCUCGUUUCCAAGCACGCCGAGUCGCUCCUUCACCGCCCGUCCGGAGCGCGCAUCAGCGCCCUCGGAGGCUCGCGAUAG